AUGGCGAACUUGAAAUGUCGUCCAGAAGGCCCUGUUCUUCCACGACCUACAGCCUUCGCUGAAUCCGCCAUCUUCAAAGACGCAGCAGCCAACCUAACAGACACCCUUGACGCUGCCGUCUCCGGUUCCAUCACCGCAGGCUGGCCCGUAAAUAAUGUCUCUUUUUCGCUGGCCGUGAUCAGCGCCGACCAAGACAAGCCGGGCGUUCCCAUCUGGGAGUAUCACCAUCUCGCGUCUGCGAAUGAGAACGGCACGAAGGAUCUUGACAGGGAUUCGCAGUAUCUCAUCGGUUCGGUGUCCAAGGUCAUUGCUACCUAUGUGCUCUUGAAGAGUGGCGUUGAUCUAGAUGCCCCGGUGACGGAGUACCUCCCGAAGCUGGGGGAUAAGAAGUCGACUAUCCAGUGGAGGGAUGUGAGCUUGAGGAUGUUGGCUUCGCAUCUUAGCGGUGCACCUGCAAAUUACGGCUUCUCUGAAUUUUACGCCUUAAAGGAAGUGUUCCUCUCCAUCGGCUUUCCACCAGUCGAUGAUAGCGACUACCCACCCUGUGGUGUUACGGGACUCAACAAAGGAUGCUCACGUCAAGGUUAUCUCACCGGGAUGACACGGUCGUAUCCUCAGACGGCUCCGAAUGAGCGCCCGGCCUACUCCAACAUGGCCUUUGUCAUUCUCGGCAUGGCCCUGGAGGAGUACACUGAGAAGAACUUUACCCAGCUUGUGAAGGAGAUUGUUUCUGAUCCUUUGGAUCUUGAGAGUACCUAUCCUUCCCCUGGAGAUUCUGACAAGGCUGUCAUCCCUCCCGGGGAGAGUAGCUGGGGCGCAGAUUACAAGGAGAACACACCUGCUGGAGGGCUAGUCUCUUCUCUCUCAGAUCUUUCCAAGUUCUCAUAUUCUUUACUCUCCCGGGCCAUCAACCUCACUUCCACCGAGAUCGAUGCCUGGCUGAAGCCAGUCGCUUUUGCUGGCAAUGAGCAUACCAUGACCGGCAUGCCGUGGGAGAUCCUUCGCUCCUCGAAGCUUACACCAGCCCAUCCCCACACUGUUACUAUUUACGGCAAGAGUGGUGGUGCCCAGAAUUACAGAACUCAACUUGACUUUGUCGACGAAUACGGCUUUGCUGUGGUCCUCCUCACGGCUGGGCCCAUGAAGGCGGCACCGAUCCUGAGAGAUGCUAUGCUUGCUACCUUUGUGGCCGCUGCAGAUGAGAUAUCUAGAGACCAGGGAGAGAGGUAUGAGCAAAAGUUUACAAACAAGGGAGGCAAGGAUCAAGUUUUUGUCGAGGCAUCCCUCAAGCAGGACAAAGACUCGAUGGUUCUGGCGUCACUUCGCCGUAACAACACAGAUAUUGUUGCCGGGCUCGCCAAAAUCUGGACCUUUGCUCUUGGAGGUUUCCUUCCUACAGUUGGUCCAAAGAUCCGCGUCUUUCCAAGCGACCUCCGUGAGAAGGCGACCCUCGACGGCAAGCCCGUCACCAAGGAGGUCUGGCAUCUCUGGCCGGAUAUCGGCUCAGACUUCAAGACGGAUUUGCCUGGAAAGACGAUAGAGGGCAUGAACUGUGGGGGUUGGACUGUUCAGGACUGGGUGCAUUAUGACGGAGAGCCGUUGGAUCGGGUGGUGGUCUAUGCCGGAGAGGAUGGCGAUGUUGAGGGAUUUGAAGUGCCGUUCUUGAGAUCUGGGGGUUUGUACCCUUCAUAA